AUGGCCAUGGGGGGCCGCAUCCCGUCCUCCACCCUGCACCGGGACAGGCGCUGGGGCUGGGGGACCUGGGGGUCCUGGGGCGGAGGGUCAUCCAGGGGAGCCCCCAGACUCUCCGAGCUCAGGCCCUGGCUGAACGGAGGGACGGUCGUGGCGUCAGGAGGUGGAGGUAGUGCUGUGGCAGGAGGCGUGGCGGAGAAAGGAGGCAAGGCAAGAUGUUCCCGCAGGGUGUGGGUUCUCCUCGGCUCACUGGUUCUCGUCUUCCUCACCUCGCUCUUCUUCUCCGUCUCGCUCCGCGGGGGCGUCGGCUUCAACUACCUGGAGCCGCCUGGAUGGGAGGAGUCGAGGCGGGUGAAGCUAGUGCCCAGCUACGCGGGCGCUCAUAGGCAGUUGCCGCCCGAGACCUCGCAGCAGAGGACGUGUGCCUGCCCGCACUGCGUCGGAGACCCUGGCGUUUCUGAUUGGUUCGAUGAGAACUACGACCCGGAUAUCUCACCUGUUUGGAUCAGAGACAACAUCCAGCUGCCCUCUGAUGUCUACUACUGGUGGGUGAUGUUACAGCCCCAGUUUAAACCCCACAGCAUCCAGCAGGUGCUGCUGAGGUUGUUUCAGGUGAUUCCUGGAAGGUCACCGUACAGCUCGUGGGAUCCAGGACGCUGCCUGCGCUGCGCCGUGGUGGGGAACUCCGGAAACCUCCGCGGGGCCGGAUAUGGGGCGACCAUUGACGGACACAACUACAUCAUGAGGAUAAACCUGGCCCCCACGGUGGGCUACGAAGAAGACGCGGGGAGCCACACCACUCAUCACUUCAUGUACCCGGAGAGCGCCAAGAAUCUGGCGACCAACGUGAGCUUCGUCCUGGUUCCCUUUAAGACGCUGGAUCUCGUCUGGAUCACCAGCGCUCUGUCCACUGGCCAGAUUCGAUUUACCUACGCUCCAGUGAAGCAGUUCCUCCGUGUAGAUAAAGACAAGGUCCAGAUCUUCAACCCAGCAUUCUUUAAAUACAUCCAUGACCGCUGGACCAGACAUCACGGGCGCUACCCCUCCACUGGCAUGCUCGUACUGUUCUUUGCCCUGCAUGUCUGUGAUGAGGUGAAUGUGUUUGGUUUCGGGGCAGACAGCAGGGGAAAUUGGCACCACUACUGGGAGCAGAACCGCUACUCCGGAGAGUUCAGGAAGACCGGCGUCCACGACGCAGACUACGAAGCCCAGAUCAUCCAACGGCUGGCCAAGGAUGGCAAGAUCACUGUAUUCCCUGGGAAAUAACAAGCAGAUCACCCUGUGUAUCCAACUUAUCUUCAUUCUCUGGU